AUGAGCAACAGUCCAUUGAUCUUGAGUUUGAUGUUGAAAGAUCUCGAGUCAAAGGAGAAGGAACCUGUGGAAUGGUCUAAAGAACUUGAAAAAAAGAGGGGUGUGAAAGCUCAAGCAGCGGACAUUUUGUCUGUUGAUCAUUCUUCACGAGCACAUCUUCGGUUUUGUGAAAACUCGGAUGGAAAGAAUUUGCAGAUGUUCCUAAAUGAGCACUGGAAAGACCACGGUUCAAUCGUUACUGAAGUUGUUAUGUCCCUUCAACGUUCAGCUGACCCUGCAAAGCUUGUAUUGGAAGCAAUGGAGGGGUUUUACCCUCUGCAUUUGUGUAAGGGAGACAGAGAGUUCGAAGGAAAAGUUGCCAGAAGAAGUUGUAUUCUCUUGUUAGAGCAUUUGAUGGAACUUUCACCCAAGAUUGAGCCUCAUAUUAGAGAAAAAGCUAUGAUCCUUUCCUUUGAUUGGGAAACAAAAAUGAAAGUUGAAUCCGGCCAUGAAUUGGAGGUUUUGGGAUUCUUGUGGCUUUUAGCCUCUUUCCGAUUGGCCCACACUUUCGAUGCCAAUAAGCUUCUCGAUGCUUUGGUGUUCGUCGCUCGACAUAUUCACAAUACUGAAAUAUUUAAGGCUCUUGGUUUGGAAGAUAAGAUUCAUUGCAAGUUUCUUAAAAAACUUGCUCGAAGCGAGCAGCAUAUGCAGAUAAUUAGAUAUAUAUAUGCUUUGGGACUUGCAGAAGAGGAGUCGCAUAAGCAUCCACGAGAAUUCAUAGCCGCAGAAAGGGCUCCGAAGCGUCUAAAAGGAUCAAAACAAGGAGCUGAUGAUGAUGAUGAAGUCGGUAGUUAG